AUAUUGGAUCGUAUGAGUAUGUAUACUGCGCUGGCCUUCAGCGCACGUCCUGUACUGAGAAGCAGUGCGUGAUGCUCGUCUCGCGCUCCGGUCGCCUUCGACGAGCUUCUUGACUGUGCAUUAAUUCUCAGUAGCCUCGUAAAAAAAAAAAAAAAAACCACUUUCCUUGUCGCGCGCUGCUCACUUUCGUCAGUUGCGUCGGUUGUGGCUUUGCGGUUGUGCGCAUUUGCGAAGCAAGGUUGGUGAUGGAGCCCGGUUUCGAAAAGUACCCACCGUGGCAGGCAGGAGACGUUACCCUCGAUAGCGUCGCCGAAGAGUCCCUCGCCGAGUUGAGAAGACUACUAGAAUGUGAACCGGUGGUCAAUGCUCCCACUGACUCUGCCGACUUGCUGCGCUUCCUGCGGUUUCGCAAGUACGACGCCCGAGAGGCGCUGGACGUUCUCAAGAGGUACUGCGCAAUCAGGGCCUCCGCGCCGAACAUCUUCGAAGGGCUCAAGGAACCUGAAAAAAUGCGAGAUUUAGCCCAGGAUAUCUUCACGAUACUGCCGCAAAGGAGCGUGCGCGGCAAGCCAAUUAUGUUCAGCAGAUUUGGAAAAUGGAAGCCACCUAAGAUGAGCAACCUGCAGCUCACCCAAGCGAUGGUAUUCUGUCUCGAGCACAUGUCCAUGUGCCCUGAAGCUCAGACAUUGGGAGUUUCCUUGGUGAACGACUUCGAAGGCUAUUCCUUAGUGAACGUGCGGCAUGUCGAACUCGGCGCCACCAGAAGUCUGCUGCAUUACAUGCAGAAAUGUGUGCCCAUUCUAACGAACGAAGCUCACAUAGUCAGGCAGCCCGCAGCCUUUGAUGCAGCGUUCAAGCUAGUGAGACCAUUCCUGGAGGAGGAAAAGGUCAAAACGGUCCACUUCCACGGGAAGCACAUGGAUCGACUACAGAACGAAAUUCCUGCGAGCGCUCUACCCAAGGAGUUCGGAGGCACGGCUCCCGACACCGACUGGAACGCGUUCUGGAAGAACGUAUGCCUGGAUAGCAAGACGGACAGCGUUUAGCUGGAUCGUGAAAAGGAACAGUGGUGCGUGAAGCCCGAGAUUAGCACCGCGGGUUCUCGGGCUGCGCGCGAAACACUUGGCGCACCUCUCCUGGUGGAAGGACAUGAAAGUUGACCCUCGCUUGGUCUCAAUCGCAGUUCAUACUUUCGAAUGCAUCUACUCUGCAUGGUGUACAUGUGUGUGAGUCAAUGCGACUUUGCCGCCUCUGUUACUUGAUUGCGCCGCGAUUUAAUCACAGAACCCAAGUUUCACGCGAUUGCAAAUUUGCGCAUGGCUUGGAUUUUCAUAAUGUGGAGCGUCGUGAGUCGAGCGCGCAUGGCAGCGGCAUUAGUUGGUGGCCACGAUCCAUUCGGAAUUGCUGGACGACCUAACAUACAAACAAAAUGUAGAUUUAGAGCUGAGUAUACAUUCAACUGUGCUGCCUUACUGUGAAAGCUGCAUUCUGGCUGCGAGAAUAUCUCACAUUUAAAAAGUAACAGGGUCUCUUAGGUUAUUCCUAAGACGACUUGAAGGCGAAAGUUCAAGUGACGAUGCAUCAAUUAAGCAGUUUAAUUACCCAAAUUAAUUAGCCACUUUAAUUCGCUGAGUCAUCCGCCUUAAAUCGCUGAGUCAUCCACUUUAAACGCUCUGUCAUUCCUCUUAAUUCGUUUUGACUCCACCUAAUUCGCUUUGUCACCCCUCUUAAUUCGCUUUGAUUCCUCUUAAUUUGCUUCGUCCUCCUUCUUAAUUAAAUUUGACGCCGCUUAAUUCACUUUGUAAUGCCACUUUAUUUCGCUUUGAUUCCUCUUAGUUUGAUUACUCUUAGUUUACUUUGAUUCUUCUUAAUUCACUUUGAUUCCACUUAAAUCGCAUUGAUUCAUCUUAAUUAAGUUUGAUUCCUCUUAAAUCGCUUUGCCCUCUUUCCUAAUUCGCUUUUAUUCCUCUUAAUUCGCUUAAUAUUCCAUUUUGCUUGCUCACGGGGCCAUGAGCCCUUGAUGAUGAUGAUAGCUUUAGUACCUUUGGUGUAGUCGACGCGUUUGCGCUCAAAGACUUAGAAAGUCGACUGAACGAUGAGACAUAUAAGGUUUUCACCUUAAUAAAGAUGCAGAAGUACUUGAGUUUACAUAUGCAACUGUAUACACGUUUAUCUUCUGCGGGUGCCGGAACUCAUGCACAGAACUUUGCGUUAAUGCUGGCUGGCGGCUUUUUGUGAUAUAUUUGUGCCACAUUUUGUUACAAAUUUUGUGAUAGUAUUCUUUUUUGUUCCCGCGUGUUCUUACUGGCUGAAAUAAAAACUAAUUUCCAUUGUUUUGCAUUAUUUUCAUACAU